CUCGGCCGGGGGCGGGGCGCGCCGCCUCACGCUGUCCGCACCCCCGCCCGCCCGGCGCUUCCCCGCCGGCCAUGUCGCGGGGCUCCCGCCUGGCGCUGGCCGUCUCCGCGCUGCUCUCCGCCGCCAUCGUGGCGGCCGUGCACAUCCAGCAGCGCCGGGAGCUGGAGAGGCUGCGAAGUGGCGUGGUCAGAGAUCUAGAGCGUCAGAAUCAGAAAAAGGAGAAUGUUCGCCUGUUAGAAGAGCAGAUUGCUCUGACAAAGAAGCUCAUUGAAGAGAGAGACAAGGCGCUAAUGGAGAAACCUUCCCAGCAGUCCUAGGCACGGGCCUGGCGCCUUAGAGGUUUGAUUAAAGACGUCUGAAGGUCAUUUGCAUCUCACUUCUGGCCGAUGUUUUAACAAGCAGAGCUAAUCUGUGAAAGACUGGUUGUUUUGUAUAAAUUAUAAUCCAG